GGUUUUGAACUGUCACAUGAUCCAAACUGCCUGAACGUAUACAGUUUUUAUAUGUGAGACCUUGAUGUAUCUUUUGUCAACAUAUUACAUGUAGAAUUGUGUAGUGAAUACUUUACAUAUGCGGACAUGGUCGACGAUGAUCCGGCAGCACAAUGAAGUGAUGGUGAAGCCGCAGAGCAGCGUGCGCUGGAGGGAGUGGAUCCCGCUGGCCACGCAGCAGUUGCGGCUACGCAGCCUGGUGCAGAUCGUGGCGUACAACGUGGGGGCGGGCGCGAGGACGCAGUACGAGUCCCUGGGGCCCAGGGGCGGCGCGGGCAAGGCCCUCUUCUACUACACCCUGCACUCCACCACCAUGUCGGCCCCCUUCUACACCAGCGAGAAGGUGGACAACUGCAACCCCAAGUGGGCGGAGCUGGAGAUGGGCGAGGUCAUCGGCUCCGUCAAGGGCGUGGUGGUGCGGCUGUGGCUGCACCGGGACGGCCGGCCGGACCAGGUGGUCACCGUGUGGGGCGUGUACUUCAGCGGGCUGGCCUACCUGGGCCGCAGCCCCGGCGCCAACCCCGCGCGCUUCCACGCCAACACCAUCGUGUUCCGCAUGCACGGGGGCUACUUCACCUCCCCGCGCUGCCUCGGGGGCGCCGAGGGGCCGGGCGCGCCCCGCGACGAGCGGCGCAGCCAUGUGUGCCUGCCGGCGGGCGACGUGCGGCCCAGCUACACCGUCAACCUGCUGCUCCGGCUGCAGACGAUCCAGCGCGCCACCAGCAAGCAGGUGAAGGAGGCGACCGUGCUGAGGGAGCGGAUCGCGGCCGGGGGCCUGGCGCCGCGCCCCGAGGAGCCCUGGGAGAGCGCGGCGCUGCGCCGCCUGCUGGACCGGGGCCGGCCGCCCGCCCCCCUCCGGCGCCAGGAGCUGCUGCAGCUGCGGAGACGCCUGGAGGCAGCGCGCUUCCGCGUGCGGCUGCUGGGGGAGGAGCGGGCGCGGCAGCACGGCCGGCUGUCGGCGCGCCUCGCCGCGCGGCUGGCGCUGGCCGCGGCCAACCGGGACCGAGGCUCGGAGCUGACGGACCGCUACCAGGCGCUGGGCAGGGAAGUGGAUCAGCUGCGGGAGUGGAGGCGGAGCCUGGCGGAGCAGCGCGAGGGCUUCGCGCAGGCGUCCGCGCAGCUCACCUUCCGCCGGCGCCAGCUCAUGUCCGAGCUCACCCUCAUCUACCCCAUCGCCCAGGUGUCGGGCGGGGACUUCCACGUGUGCGACGUGCACCUGCCCAACUCGGAGGACUUUGCGGCCAGCGACGAGCUCACCAUCUCGGUGGCGCUGGGCUUCGUCACACACCUGGUGCAGAUGAUCUCGGUGUUCCUGCAGGUGCCCCUGCGCUACCCGCUCUGCCACUUCGGCUCCCGGAGCAAGAUCGUGGACCACAUCGCCGACAAGAUCCCCGACAAGGACAGAGAGUUCCCGCUGUUCUCGCGCGGCAAGGACAAGCUGCAGUUCAACUACGGGGUGUACCUGCUCAACAAGAACAUCGCGCAGCUGCGGUGGUACUGCGGGCUGCCGACCCAGGACCUGCGCGCCACGCUGCCCAACCUCGCGGGACUGCUGGCGCUCAAGCCGUCCUCCAGCACGCUGGAGAGCGUGGGGCGCACGAUGUCCGGCUCGUCGCUGGACCUCCGCAGCUCCUCGCAGAACGCCAGCCCCGUGGGCAGCUUCCGGCCGGACGCCGCGAGGAAGCGGCCCCCGUCGGCGGCGACGGCGACUGCCCCCCGCCACCACUUCGAGAAGGGCCACCGCCCCUGCCGCUCCGCGGGCAACUCGGAGCUGCGGCCCGGGGCGGACGCGGAGGCGCGUCUGCGGAACGGCGCGGCCGUCGCGUCGUCGGGGAAGCUCAGCUGCUCGCUGGACCAGGGGCUGGACGUGUUCGACGGCCUGCGGCGGGCGGAGUCGGGGGCGGGGCAGCGCCUCCUGUGGGCCUGCUUCGACGACGGCCCGGACCCCGCGCCGGUCGGAGGCCGCCUGUGCCUGCCGCCCGCGGACACCCGCUGCAACAACAGCUCCACGGACACCUGCGACUCGUACGUGACGGCCAGCGACCGGCUGGAGGCGGCGGACUGCGCCGCGGAAUCCGCGCGGCCGGACGACCCGGUGCUGGCGAGCGUGGCCAGCCGCACGGCCGCGCUCGCCAGCCGCGCCACCAGCUUCAACCUGGUGCGCUCGCGGCGGGGCAGCGCCCUGGACGACGGUCCCUCGUGAUGCCCGUGUGGGGACCGGCGCGCCAGGCUUAGCCGUCUAUUUUUGUAUCUGGAGGGUUCGGUCAAACUGUGCAGCAGAGGUUUCUUUGACGUUUAUUUGAGAUGAAUGAUCUCAGUUUGUUUUGAAUCCUUCAGUUUGUCACCUAUCUUGUUGAUGCCUUGAGUACUGGAUUUUUAACAUCAUAAUUACCGUAUUGGUCCGAAAAUAGGCCGACCUUUUUUUGCCAGUUUUGUCAACCUUGAAAUCUAGGGUCGGCCUAUAAUGGGGCACUAGCCAAAAUAGUAUAAUCAAACACAUACAUUUCAAGGAGAAUCACUUAUGGCAUAAAAAUGUUGUCAGAUAUACAAUUCAUUGACCUAAAAUUACGCCGUACUUACGUGGAAUUAGUAAUUUUUCCAACUUAGAAAUUUAGUAAACACACUUAACCCCAAUAACGUAUCAUAUUUUAAGUUAAGUACACAGAUGUGGUCACUUGUAGCACAUAGCUUUUAAAAGCUCGGUCUAGUUAUUUUUUUAAUGUAUUUAACAGUCUGCGGUAAUUUUAUUUGCUUGUAAAAUGUGGUAUUUACAGUAAAUAGUAAAAACAGCAAAUUUUCCGUACGGUUAUUUACCGUAGUAUGCUUUAUUUAUAUUCUACCACAGAAAAAACAAAAUGGCACCAGUGUUGACAACUUGUAGUUGCGACACGAAUAAACAAAUACCGGUACAUACCAACAGUAACAAGAACAAUAAAACCUAUUUGCAAUAUUGGCUGUUUUAUGGUUGAUUCAUACACGUUUUACAUGAAACCAUUUUGGGUUUUUUUACGUCAAAAUUAAACGUAACGGUAAAUGUUUUUACGUCACAAUUUCUAUGAACUUAGAAAAUGUAGCCAUUGCCGUAUAAAAUGUUGGCACCGCUACAAAAGAUUGUGAAGAUAAACGGAAAUAUGAACUCUCAAAUAUUUUUGUCAGUUCAAUAAAUACUAACUUAGUUGAAGUGUUACUGUGGUAAUAUGCUGCUGAUAAUCAUUUUAAUUAGUUAAAAAAAAUUUUCUGUGAUUUUGAGUGGACUGUAGAAGGGGUCGUCCUAUUUUCGAGGUCGGCCUAUCUCCGGACCAAUACGGUAAUGAGAUGUUCUAUCCAUAACGUAAUAUUGUCAGUUUUAAUUUUAUUUUUUUUACUUGUGCAUUACAAUGGAAUUCUCUCCUGUACAAGUUUGACCAUCAGCUCUGAUUUAAAAACCCUUCGAAAAAACUUGGCUGUGUUAAGUUCUUACGUAUUGUGAAGUAAGGUUGACGUUAUAUUUAGACCAGUGUGCGUCUAGUCUUGAAAAAAAAAGUUAAUUAUUACCAGUUAAGUUACAUUUGUUCUUUUUUUCAUAGUUUAUACGUUUAUAGUGUUAGAGUUAUAUGGUAUUUUAUUUAUUUGAGAACCACAAGUACUUCGGUUGAAAUGAGAAAUAAAAUAACUAUUUUAUUGCUGUGAACCAGUUUGAAACAUUCCAUAAGAAUUUUUUUCCCCCCUUAUUAUUAUUCUUUUGAAUUUUGCAAUGUGCAGUUAAACCUCGAUUUGUUGGACUUACUGAGACCAAAGGCAUACAAACAAUCAAAAAUCCGGUUGAUCCGGGUAGUACGGAAACAAAAUACUUAAAUAAGCAGACUUACAGUUUAUUAUGAUAAAAAAAACUGUUUUGUAACAAAAUUACACAGUACAGUAGAAUCCCGCUGGAACGACCCCUCACGGUUCCCGAAAAAAACGUUCGUACUUACGGAAGGGUCGUUCCAGAGAAUUUGGGAAAUUUUUUGCCAAUAUCCCCCCCCCCCCCCCCCCCUCGGGCCGUUUCACGGAAAGAACCGUCCUUUAUUUGGGCAGCUUUAAAAUAACAUCGUGCUAACGUUAUGUAACGUGGGUAGUUUAUUUUUUAUCCAUUUAUUGCCCCCCCCCCCCCCCCUUUUCCCUCUCUUUCGGCGUCACCAUUCGUCCCGCCGCGCCGGAUGCCUGCCAGACACGUCUCUCGGCGCCAGGCGAGCUAACGGGCGGCGGACAUAAUAACCAACCGACAUGAGAAGGGAAGCGGACGUCAAGACUAUUUUCCCUGGGUUUCUUAUCCACUUGCUGGAUGAUAUCUCAUAUUUUUUCAUUAGCGAAAGUGUAUUUCGCUUGGCACUCAUUUUCACAAAUGCAAAAUGAAAAUCCCAAAAAAAAAAUCAAAAUCCUUGUAAAACUGCGUGUGUCGUCAACGAUCGUUCAUAGAAUCAAGCCAAUAAUAUUACCAAAUCAAAAUCCAAAAACAAAUGCGUGUCUCGUCAACAAUAUACAAAAUUCACAAAAUCAAACCACUAACCAAAUCAGCGUCCAAGAAACAAAGCGUAAUAAGUCGUCAACAAUAAUAAAAACCAAGAAAUAUCCGAAUCAACAAGCAAAAGAAGCGUAUCCACCAGCGAGCAAGAUCACACUAACAAGCCACAAGACAAAGACACGGGAUCGAGACGGCAACAGAAAUGCGCAUGCGCUAGGGUGGCCAGUCUGGACUCUGGAGGGGUGGUAUCUAUUUUUAGCCAUGCGUGCGCCUGCCAACAGUACAGCGCUCGCCAAGAAAAACGUGACGCACAGCGCCGUACAUAGUGUGUAGCGCACUUGUUUUUCAUCCGAUUUUACUCUUUUUUUUUUUCGAAUUUUUUCACGGUUCCUUGAAAACUGGUCGUUCUUACGGAAUGGUCGUUCCAGAGGGGGGUCGUUCGGGAGGGAUUCUACUGUAUAUGCAUGUUUUAGUUUGUAAAUGGAACAUGACCUCUCCUUUUUUUUUUUUUUUUUUUUUAACUGAACGCUGAGUGUAGAACUUGGCAAAAAUCCAGCUUUCAGUCCGUUCGAGGUUAUCUGAACACUUUUGAAGAUUAUCUUUGUAAAAAAAAAAAACAAUCGUCCAUGAACUGGGAAUGAAUGAAAAAGGACUCUGGCAUACCCCCAGCUAGCGUAACAGUGUAUCAAGAGAGGUCGGUAGUAGCCUGCUUUCCUCGCCGUAAGGUAGCUUGUGAAUAUAUAAAUAUAUAUUUAGUAUCUGUGCCUUUCUUACAAGAUUCAGCAUGGAAAAAAAAAAAAUUUUGUAUUUCCAGUGGUUGAGCCCUGCAUGAUGCUUGCCUAAUGGUCGCUAAGCUCGUGACGUUAUCGUGAUGUUUGUGGCUGAGGGAAACAAAAUAGAAAAUUAAGAAAAUGUAUCUAAGUUUUAACGAGCUUUGCGUGAAGGCCUAGCCAUGCACCAUAACGAGGUUUUACAUGCUACAUUUAAAAUGCUAUCAGAUGCGAUUCAGCUAUCUUCCGCAAUAAGUGUGUGCGUGGAGAUCACGUGUGACAGAAAUGAAACUUCUUGCUUAUUAGGUAUAGAUAGAGAUAAAUUAUUAGAAUUUUUUUUUUUAGUGUACAAGAUAUAAUAAUUGAGAAUAGUAAGGACGUGGGUAUGAUCUCAAAUAAAAAAAAUUAAUGGAAAAAAAAACUGAGGAGUAGACAAACACAAGAAGCAUUACAAGAAUUCAUAGCAUCUCUACUAAUGCGUCAGUUCUACCUCUCCGCUGCCGUCUCCCCUUCCGGCCGCUACAACUAGCAUACAGCAUGCCUCGCUGCGUACCUAUCCCCCAAUUCGACCGCUGGCGCAUGCUGAAGCACUCUCCUCUACCGGUUCCCACACCACAUGCCUGACUGUUCCCCUCGUGCGAUCAGAAUUUUCUUAACGCUUGGCAAAGAAGUUUCACUUCAAAACCACAUGUGUAUAUUUGUUUUUUCUAGUCUUCUUUUCAGUAUUCAAAGCAUUUACAACUGAAAAAACUAUUAAACUACAAUAACCUUUUUUUUCUCGUUAAAAUUUUUUCUCAUCUGUAAUGUUUGUCUCAUCACGAUGUACAGUGUUCUUUUUGUUUGAAAGAGAGUUUGUGGAAGUUAACAUGAAUUGCACUUGGAAGUAUUCAAGUGUUUAAACCCGUCUCGGUUCUUAGUCGAGUCUGCCGGUAGAUCGGGCCGUUACGGAUGGAAGUACUUGUGUACAAUUCUUUGAUGCUGGCUCCGUUCACGAAGCCGCCAUUUGCCAGCUACAACCAUUUGUACCUUCUCAGCUGUCGCGAGACUAAAUAAAACAAGAACCAUGUAAUUUUUUUAUUUUAUUUGUUAGUUCAGCAGCUUUAGUUAUCUAUUUCUCAUUUGACUGAAUCCACACUUGUGAAACUUAGAUGAAUUUUGUGAUGUAACGUGUUUAUAAUUUUAUACGAAAGAGUUUUUUUUUGACUGAUUUUUGAAGUAUCAAUAUGUAUUUUAUUUGCAGCUUUUGCUUUAAGUUUUAUGCUAAUUGGUGGCAUUGGAACACGCAAGGGCGCUUCAAUAGGUAAAUAAGUAUUUUUUUUUGUAUUGCUAAUUAGUGGAACUGUACUCUAUGUAUGAUGUAUGUAUUAGUUAAAAAAAAUUUUUGUAUUCUACUUAAGUAGGUACUUUCAUUUUGAAAUAGGGAGGUUUGGUGCUUGAAUGAAGAUUAAAGCUGUGAAGUCAGCAAACUGGUGACAGUUUGGCUUCAAGUGUAAUGAUUAUUACACAUUCGGUAUAGUGAAAAGAUUAGCAAAGAGAAAGUUAAAAUGAAAUGGCUUCUUUUCAUUGGAUGUAACAAUAAUUCCACUAGAAAUGUCUUGAUCUCACGAUAGGCUAAGAUAUUUGCAUUUAUAUUGGGGAUGAGUUGUUUAGCCAAUAGCUUUUGUUAUGUUAUUUUAUUUUACUUACUUGAACAUGCAGAUUUCAGUCUUUCUGAUACAAUUAUUUAUUUUUUCCCAGUUAGAAUUGAUUUUUUUAAUCAACAUUUUGUUAACCCUCAAUGUCUGAGACUUUGAUAACCACUUCGGAUUGCCCAAGAAAAAAUAUGUUUAUUAUUAUUUGUUGCAGUUUUGUUAAUAAAUAAGUUUCACGUGUUUAACAAGGUCACCGCUAUUCGGAGCAAAUGUUGCUUAAAAUGGUGCCUACUGUUCUUCCAGAGAGUUGAAAGGAAUAUAAGCAAGAAAAUCUGUCUACAAAAGGCUUAAAACUGUUCAGUAAGCCAAGAAAAAAUAUACAACACUUACUUUAAAUGUCAGGCAAACUUAAAGCGCAUCAAAGUACAACUUGGGUAAAAAAAAAAAAAAAAAAUAUGUGUGCGUAGUGUCCACGUGUGAUAAAAGUGAAUUUUCUUGCUUGUGAGUUAUAGAUAGAGAUAAAUUAUUGGAAAUUAUUUAUUGAUCAAGAGAUAAUAAUUGAAAAUAGUAAGUAUGCGGGUUUGAUCUCAGGAGGAUUUAAGGAGUAGACGAACACAAGCAGCGUUUAGAGAAUUCCCUAUCAUCACUGCUACGUCAUUUCUACAUCUCCCUUGCAGUCUCCCCUUCCGGCCGUUACAACUAGCAUACAGCAUGCUCCGCUACGUACCUAUCCUCCCAUUGGACCGCUAGCGCAUGCGUUGGAGUGGCGUUGCCGCUGACACACUCUCCUCUACCGGUUCCCCCACCACUUACCUGACUGUUCCCUUCACGUGAUUGGAAUUUUCUUAACGACCAGGAAAUUAAAGCCCCCCUCAGUAAAGAAAUUUCACUUCAAAAAAAUUAUAAUAAGCACGGGGAAUUCUAGCUGUACGCUCAAAGUUUGUAGAUACUGCCUGUGAAUGCCGCGCUGGCGACUGUAACAAUAGCCAGCCCGCUGCUGAUCUGGCGAGCUUUCAACUUUCUGCCGGACGGAACAUUUGUGCGAGUUUACAGACUACUCACGUUGAAAUCCAACGUAUUAAUUGUUCUGCAAUUGAGAUGGGAACAAAACACGAACAUCUUGUUUUUACAUAAAUUAUGCGCAAUUCCAUGUACACGUUUUCAUGCAGUCCCGAGAUAGUAACUACGAAUAAUUUGGGUUGAAAAUUCCAAAUUUCCUGGUGAUGAGAACCACACGUGAGAUUUUUCAAAAUUACACUUUUUUGCGUAACCUUUAUAAGGCCACAAAUUUAAUGAAAUAUCUGGUGAUAAAAGCUUUUGGCACCGUAAAGUUAAGUACGGGUGAAAAUGUAUGAAGUUUUAUCAUUCAACAAACUACACUGUUGAAAGGUUUGAGGAACACUCGAACACAAAAACCUGUGCAGAUGGUUCAUGUCUUUCACGCAGGAAAAAUACUGUGUCCACAGUUUAUACACUCAGCCUCAACAUUUCUACAUGCUUUUUUUGGUGUGAAGACAUUGCUUCACGUGUCUGUGACCUACACUUCCCUACUAGUUUUAUACCGUAUAUACUCGUGUAUAGCACGCCCUUUUUUCCCCUCACGUAAAGGAAAAAAAUAAGGAUGCGCGCUAUACACGGAAAAAAAAAAGUGAUGGGGUGAGGCGGGGAGGAGGAGUGGAAGUUGUUAACUGCCGGGUGACGGGUGACGUUUCUGGCCAGCCCCCACACAUACGCACAAGCAACAAGGCCUCUCUUUCACACACACACACACACACGCACGCACGCACAUAACCUGGUCUCUCGCACACACACACACACAUGUGCGCGUGCAAGCUCGCACGUCUCUUGUUUAUUUUUAGACCUCCCCCUCUACAGAAAGCCAGCGCAGCUAGUAAAAUAAAAGAGAGAGAGAGAAUGUUGUCGCCAUUCCCCCUCCCACUUCCUUCGCUUCCUCGUCGCAGCUGCUACCGGUGAGUAAUCUAGUCCUCCGCGUCCCGUUCCUGCCUGUCUCCCUCCCUCCCGUCCACGUACCAGUUGUGACGAUACAGCGCUUCAUUAUCUUCCGUCUACACAGCAGAGUUUAAGUAUUUUCCUGAUGCAUCACCACACAUCAAUUUAAAUUAUCAUUUGUUUCAUACGUAAUUACUUAACAGGUACCACAAAAUGUUAGUAAAAUUUAUUUACGGGGAAAAAAUUUUUUUCUUUGGAAUUUGCUGCAAAAAUCGUGGUGCGCGCUAUACACGAGGGUGCGCUAUACACAAGUAAAUACGGUAAAUGCGAAAGUGUGUUUGUCUGUUCGUCCUUCUUUCAUGCAGCUUAUUAUUGGCAUAUAGACAGUUUAUGGACCAGGGAGUGACAUGGACUACAUAUAAUUAUGAAAUUCCAUCCCUAAGGGAGUGAUAAAAUGAAUGAAUUCAGUUUUUAUAAUAGAAAAUAACAGAAGGUAGGUCACAGAUAUACAAACAGUAAGUUACAGUUUAGUUAGUACUUUUGUCAAUAGAUGCCUUGAAUUUUUUAACGCGCUAUCGUUUGCUGCGUCUGUCACGUCUUGUGUGGCUGGGUUGCCUGCCUUCCCACAAACUGAAGCUGAAGAUUGGUCCCGGUUUUGCCAAUUUGUAGCUUUGAUUGUGCAAUCAAUGAGACUUUAAAAUCAAAAUUUCCCAUUUUUCAAGUGUAUCCCCUACAGACUUGAAACUCGGUAGUGAUAUCCAUUAUACUAUGCUGUGUUUAGCCCGGGCAACACUGGGUACUUCAGCUAGUUUGUAAAUAAAUCAAAGUUCCAAACUCUCUCAUAGUAUAUUUAGAAAUGAUUUGGUUUGUCAUUAAUAAAUUUUCCGUGAUAAAUAGAUUACUUAAAUCAGUUAAAUAUUCAUCAUAUUUCAUCAUACUUGUCCAAUUAUUCAUAUCGGUUAUCAAACAGCAAGUUAAACAGAGUAAAGUCUGGAUAAAAUACAAAGAAGUUAGAUUACAUUUUUUUUGAGGAAAAAAACUUCCUUAUUUUAGUCCUAUAUAUCUUACUGUUAAUAGCAUUGAAUGGAUGCUUAAAAAAGGUAUUAUUUUGCAUUUUGUUCCUAACAUAUGGAUAAUGGUAGUCCUUAUUUUCACUGAUACAUAUUAUUUGCCAAUAAGGCCGUAUUGCUUGGUUUGAAGGAAUGCACAUUUGAACCCUAGUGAUAAUUGGAAGCCUUGAUUUUAUCAGCUAGUUUUAGGUGUAUGGAUGAUUGAAGGGCAUGAAUUUAGUUACCAAAAAGAAAACAAAAUUUCAAAAAAAAAAGAAACUUAUCAUAAAAUUAUCCAUUACCUAAACGAGGGAAUAAGUCUGGAGUAGGAGAGAGCAGUUACGAGCCGUGAACCUGACGUGUGUUACGAUGCGACUGAAGUAUGUGCAAUGUGUUUGUUAUUGGCUUUGUAGCACUUCGAUGGUGCAGAUGCAACACCGUAAACGACAAGUCAAGAUGCGAACAUAUUUAUGCCAGUGAAUUGCUGUGGUGUAAAAUAUGUGGUAUUUAUUUUUUUGAAUUUUGGUUUUCUUUUUACUGCACAUAGUCUUACACUAUUUUUGCAGUAUGUAUCUGACUGAAUUUUCACAUUAAGAAGUGAAAAUACCCAACACUUAAUAUACGCGAUGUUGCAUCUGUACCAUCAUCUUUCUUGUUAUUGUUAUGUAUAUUAUUGACUUGUAAACUACUUUUUUUGUUUAUUGUAUUGUAUUAUAAAUGUAUAUGUAAAUACAUGUAUUCAUAUUUAAAUACAGUAUUCGUUGACAAUUAUACACCCUAAAAUCUACUUUAAAGAAUUCCAAAGGUUUAGAGUUCUUUGUGAACGGUGAAAUUUCUAUCUUAAGUUUUCAACGUCAGAAGUACAGGUUUGCCGUCCAACACACAGCGUACAGGAAUCUGAGCCGUAGUACGAUCACUCCUGCAAACAUGGUAGUCAAAUGGCUGUGUUGCAUCAAGGCUUUGCUAGGCAAAUAUAGCGUGUCCAUAAAACAAUGUUCCAGUUGUAAAAUUUAAUAGUAUCAGCUGUAAGUGUUGAAGAGUGUUGAUUCAAGGUCACAACUAAAGAGUAACUCCAAACAGUUUCGGAAAAGUGCAAAUACUGCUUUGUUGUUUUCUCGCUUGCACUACAAAAGAAUGGCUCUUCUCCAAAUUACUAGAGGGUGAACAUGUAAACUUUACUUGGCAACAGGAUGGAGUCCUCCCCAUUGGAAACUCUUUGUACGAGAGUGGUUGAACGUCCUCAGUCCCUGACCGUAUGAUUGGUCAAGACGACAGCUCUUUUUCCCUGGCCUCCACGUUCACCUGACAUAACACCAUGCAAUAUUUUCCCUUUGGGGCUUUAUAAAAGAUCGUGUCUACGUUCCGCCGCUAACUAAUUAUUUGCCAGAGUUGAGACACAGAAUUGAAGAGGCUAUUGCUUCCAUUACUCCGGACGUGUUAACCAA